ACUUGAGGUAAACAGAUGGAGGGGAUCUUUUGGCAGCCUCCAGCAGCUGGUGAUGCCUGCUGCUAUGGUGAACUCAUUGUGAAGAAAAGAGAUAAAGCUGUGGAGAAUGUCAACCUCCUGCUUGUCAAUUGUCAUACUGCAUCAAAAUCAAAGAUGAAGAAGAAAACAACUAAAACCCAAGAAGCCAAAAAAAUUUUGAAGAAGAAAUUUAAAGUUAACACAAAAAUAGUCUUUACUGAAGAUGGAGAGCUAGUGCAGCAGUGGCCACCUGUGCAAAAAUCCAGUUUGGCGAAAGCAGAUGAGGAAGACGAUGCCACUGGUAUCAACUUAGAUAAAGCGAAAGAAAUACUGCGUGAAGAAGACAAAUUUGACAAAGAAGAAUACAGGAAGAAAAUAAAGGAAAAACAUAGGGAGAAGAGGCUAAAAGAAAAAGCAGCAAGGAGAGAAGCCAGGAAUAAGAACACACAGGCUGAAGAGGAAACAGUGGCCUUUCUUGCUCACAGUGGAAGUGAAGAAGAGUUUGAUCCAAGUACUCUUCCAGAUCCUGAUAAAUACAAAGAUUCUAAUGAAGAGCAAGAUUCAGAAAGUGAAGACAGCUAUAGUGAACUUGAGAAGGGUGGAAGAAAGAAGAGAAGCUAUAGCAACAGUACCACAGCAGAAGAAAUGCCACUGAAAAGAAAGAAGGUAAAAUUCAGCCAAGAGGAGGACCCCUAUUUGCCAUUAGAUACUGGACUUUCUCUGGCAGAGGAUGAAGAGCUUGUUCUGCAUCUGCUCAACAAUCACAGCUAAUUAUUUUUCUGCACACUUUCUUCCCUGGGACAUCUCUACAAUUUUGUCAGUAGUUUACACAAAAUGAAUUUGGCAUCUGGGCAGCUGGGUACCAGUGGAUGUAGAUAAAUGAGUUCCACGUGCAAUGGGAUUGCCUUAAAUUGACUCACAGAUUAUUGACAAUAUUUAGUUUGAUUUGUAAGGCUUUCUAAAUGAACUUUUCAACCUAAAUCCCCAGAUGUCAUUUUGCAGUAACAAAUUAAUAAUUUAAAAUCUCCAAGUUUUGAAGCAAUUAUCUUCUUUUCUUUUAAUCUUGCUUUAAAUGAAAACAGGAUGUUCCUUUCUUAACUGUGUCAGGUUUGUUGUUAUUUUGGAAGAUAUAUGUGUACUAAUAUUAUUAAAGAAUAAUUCUGUUGGCAGCUCAAGUCAUAUUACUUAAAAAUACUUCUUUCAGUGUAUCAUGGACAUAUUUAAAAAAUAUUUUAAUAAAAAUUUCUGGAGCCUUGAUGUAAA